ACCUGGGAGGACACACAGCUUGUUAUUGAAGUGCAUCCAUCAGUGACUUGAGAUGAGCAGGUUGUCCUCCACAGUCACGUGGUCACUGAGCAUCCUUGGCAGAUCCAGCAGGCUGCGUGGCGUGUCUUCACUAGGUUACAGGAUGGACCAGCUCGACUGUGGCCGUGUGUAGCCGCAGCAUUUCGUUUGCUUCUAGUUUCCUGCCGCUGGACUGCUCUCAGAAAUCGCAGGUUAUGCCACCCCAAAGGCUUCCUGGAUCUCCAGCCGUGAAAGAGAAGGGCUGAUCCCCGUCCUCCUCCAGGUUCCCGCUGCUCUGCACCCCAUCUUUCCCUCCUUCCUUCUCCUGCUAACUCCCCUUUCCAGCGGCACAAACCCACCCGACUCUCACACCUAUAUAAUCCCUGCCACCCUUGUCAUCUUCCACCUCUGAGAGUGUUUGUCCAGUCACUUCGCCCUCCCCUUCCCACAGCAAUUCCUUACCCAGUCUCCUAGUUUUAUUCCAGCCACACGAGCUGACAUUUCCUGCUGGCCCCUGCUCUCCUGAGAGGUCUACUCUUUACCUACUGGCUGCUUGCCAGGCCCCAUGGCUACAGGAGGACAUGCCCCUGACAUAGAUGUGUUGAUCAACCUACAGCAGGUGAAGGUGGAGGAGGAAGAUGAGGAUGGAUCUGUGGAGGAACAGGAGGAAGAGGAGGAGGAGGAGGAGAACUGGGAGAAAGCCCUGUCUGUGGAGCGCUUCGGAGACAUCAUCAGUGACUCUGCUUCCACUAGUGGGGACAGGAUGGGCAGACACUACACUGAGAAGGACUUUGAGUAUCACAGACACACAUUUCACCACACGCACCACCCCUUGUCCACCCACCUGCCUGUGCCACAGCGUUUACGUAAGAGGGUGCACAGUACGGACAGAAGGCGCAAAAAGAAACGUAAGAAAAAGACCUCGCUGCCCCCCUCCGAUGUGACGCCCACCAUACACGAGGUAGACGAGGAAGAGGCGGAGUCUGAGACGGAGACACCCGGCAUGGCUGCCACACCCACAGAGCUGCCUGACAUCCAGCCACAGUUUAGUUUGGGGAGCCAAGAGGACUUGGAAGAACCCCUUCCACACACUACUGUCCACACGGAAAACGAAGAGCAUCCACUGUCGAAGAAAACCGCACUGACUCUGAUAAAGGAAGCAGCUCAUAAUGGGGAUAUUACUGUUCUUGGACAGAAUGACGAGGUGGAUGGAGAAGAAGCGGCAUGCAACAGUGUUCCCCCAGGCUCAGAUCCCUCCAGUUCGACCUCCAACCGCGGCUGGUUCCGCAGGAAGCCUGUCCACCAUCGACUGCCAGGGGCCCAGCGAAGCAACUAUGACCUUCGGGAGCGGAUCUGCAUCGGCAGCAUGACUGCUCUGGAGACUGCCGUCUACCAGCAGGUGCCCACUGAUGAGGCCGAGGCCCAGAUGUUGGCCAGCGCUGAUCUGGAUGACAUGAAGAGUCACAGAUUUGAGGACAACCCCGGGGUGCGACGCCAUUUGGUAAAGAAGUCGUCCCGAUGUCAGAUGACCCGGACCAGCAACAGUUCUACACCACUGUCCAGCCUGAAGAAGAAGAAGAGGGCAGCAGAUAAGAAAACUCAUGAGUUGUUCGUGGAGCUGAACGAGCUGAUUGUGGAGAAGGACCAUGAAAUGCGCUGGAAGGAGCGGGCUCGCUGGAUCAAGUUUGAGGAGGAUGUGGAGGAGGAGACUGACCGCUGGGGCAAACCUCAUGUGGCCUCGCUCUCCUUCCGCAGCUUGCUGGAGCUUCGCCGCACCAUCACACAAGGUGCCAUCCUUUUGGACCUUGAGCAGAACUCUCUGCCCGGCAUCGCCCAUCUGGUGGUGGAGACGAUGAUCAUCUCUGAUCAGAUCAGAGCAGAGGACCGAGCCAGUGUUCUCCGGGCUUUGCUUCUCAAACACAGCCAUCCGAGCGAUCUGAAACAUCGUUUUCACCGCCACCACUCAACUAGCAGUCUUCACGCCCCCUUCAAUCACAACCAUGUCCAGGACUCCAAUCUGCCCCUGGUGGCUGAAGAGCACGAUGAACAUCCAGAUAACAAAGGGGGAGUGUACGACCCCAAACAAGAUGUGUUUGUCAGCCUGUUUAAAUCUCUCCACCCUCUGCCUCCUGAGAGCCAUCCAGCAGCCAGAUCUAUGAAACUCCUCGCCAAGAUUCCCAAAGACGCUGAAGCUGUCAUUGUUUUAGUUGGGUGUGUUGAGUUUCUGGAGCAGCCUGCGAUGGCCUUUGUCAGGCUGAAUGAUGCCGUCCUCCUGGAGUCAGUGCUUGAGGUUCCUGUCCCUGUUCGAUUUAUUUUCGUCCUGAUUGGCCCCAGUCAGUCCAAUGUGGACUAUCAUGAGAUUGGACGUUCCUUCUCCACUCUCAUGUCUGACAAGAACUUCCAUGAGGUGGCCUACUUUGCUGACGACAGGCAGGACCUCCUGAAUGGUAUCAAUGAAUUCUUGGACUGCAGCAUUGUCAUUCCACCCUCCGACGUGGAGGGCAAAGACCUCCUGAAGACAGUGGCUGACUUCCAGAAGCAGAUGCUGCGCAAGAGAAAGGAAAGAGAGCUCAAGAAGCAGCAGUCCUCAUUGGGAUUGGAGCAGGACAACAAAGAGGUGAGCCCAGAGGAGGAAGAGGAGGGAGACCAGGAAGUGGACCCAUUAAAGCGCUCAGGGAUCCCAUUCGGAGGCCUGAUCCAUGACAUCCGCCGGCGUUACCCACACUAUGUCAGCGACCUAAAAGACGCUCUGGACAUGCAGUGCAUCGCGGCCGUCAUCUUCAUCUAUUUUGCCGCACUGUCACCCACUAUUACUUUCGGAGGCCUGCUGGGGGAGAAAACAGACGGCAUGAUGGGAGUGACUGAGCUCAUCAUUUCUACUGCAACUCUGGGAGUUAUAUUCUCGUUGCUUGCCGGUCAGCCACUUCUCAUCAUCGGCUUCUCAGGACCCUUACUGGUGUUUGAGGAAGCCUUCUACAAGUUCUGUCAGGCCCAAAACUUUGAGUAUCUGACUGCUCGAGUGUGGAUCGGUUUCUGGCUCAUCUUCAUUGUUCUGGUGAUUGUGGCAGCGGAGGGCAGUUUCCUUGUCCGCUACAUCUCACCUUUUACCCAGGAGAUUUUUGCCUUCCUCAUCUCCCUCAUCUUCAUUUAUGAGACUUUCUCUAAGCUCUUCAAGGUGUUUAGGGAACAUCCACUGAUGGCACUGUACCCCUCUGACUUCAACCCAUCUGCUGAGAUGCAAAGUUUCGGUGAUCCUGUCUUCAACCAGCCCAACACUGCUCUUUUGUCUCUAGUGCUCAUGAUGGGCACUUUCUUUGUGGCAUUCUUCCUCAGGAAGUUCAGAAACAGUCGUUUUUUAGGUGGCAAGGCCAGAAGAAUUAUUGGUGACUUUGGCAUCCCGAUCUCAAUCUUAGUUUCAGUUUUGGUGGAUUACUCGAUUACUGACACUUACACACAGAAACUCAAUGUGCCGUCAGGAUUUUCAGUCACCUCCCCUGACAAGAGAGGCUGGUUCAUCAGUCCCUUUGGUGACAAGCAACCUUUUCCAACCUGGAUGAUGGGAGCGUCUGUUGUCCCUGCCCUUCUUGUCUUCAUUCUCAUUUUCAUGGAAACUCAAAUCACUUCAUUGAUAGUCAGUAAGAAGGAGCGUCGUCUGGUUAAAGGUUCCGGCUUCCACUUGGAUCUCCUGCUCAUUGUUAUCCUCGGUGCUAUCUGCCCCCUGUUCGGCCUGCCGUGGCUCACUGCAGCCACGGUGCGCUCUGUCACUCAUGUCAACGCACUGACAGUCAUGAGCAAGGCCACGGCUCCCGGUGAAAAGCCAAUGAUCCAGGAGGUGAAAGAACAGAGGCUGACCGGGCUUCUGGUGGCUGUUCUUGUUGGUAUGUCCAUAGUGAUGACCGAUAUGCUCCGCCUCAUCCCUCUGGCUGUUCUCUUUGGUAUCUUCCUCUACAUGGGGGUCACCUCUCUGACGGGCAUCCAGCUCUAUGAACGUAUUACACUCAUGGUGACGCCUGCCAAGCACCACCCGGACCACAUCUACGUCACAAAGGUGAAGACAUGGCGAAUGAACAUGUUCACCAUCAUCCAGCUGGCCUGCAUCGUGGCUCUGUGGGUAGUGAAGUCCACUGUGGCCUCGCUGGCGUUCCCCUUCGUCCUCAUCAUGACGGUGCCGCUGCGCCGCCUCAUCCUCUCCAGGAUUUUCGAGGAACGUGAGCUCCAGGCGCUGGAUUGCGAUGAGGAUUCUCCAAACUUUGAUGAAGAUGGACGAGACGAGUACAACGAGAUCCACAUGCUUGUGUAGAUUUGAACUUGACCCGUCCAGUAGGACCUCCUUCAUCCUCCAGCUCUGACCAAUCAGAGCAAGCAAGCCUCUUUGGAAACCUCAGUGUCUCUGGGUAGCAGUGACAAAGUGAGAGGAGCUACUGUAAUGGUGUUUCUAAAAUAUACAAAAGCUAUAGCUGGAUAAGCACUUCUUACCUUUGUUUAUACCAGUUUUUUUUGAAAAUGGCACACCUGAUGUUAGAUCUUUGUGGUGACGGUGUUGUGUUUAACCUCCCUGAAGAUGUUAUUCUGUCAGAGACCAGAAAAUAGAUCGGAAUGCAUACCUGAAGUGGACGGUGCAAAUCUAGUUGAACACAAAACUUACAUGAACACUUUUUAUCCCUUUAAUUACUCUGCAGGUUCUGGGCAUAAGUGCAAUGAUGACGUGACCUCUAGGACUACAGCAGGCUGAAACAUUUAGGCAGAUGUUGGCACUGAGCAAUUAAAAAAUGAACCAAUUGGCUGUGUUUUUUCAUGAAGAAAGUAGAUUUUCAUCAAAAUUCAUAAUUGCUCAGAUGAAUUGACUCUUAACUGUCAAAGCCCUGAAUGAAUUUCACUGCCUUUGUAGUUUAGCUGCCUUUUUCCUUCAUACUCCUGCCCUUGCCUAUAGGUUGCAAUGAUGUGCAAACAAGGAGUUAAGUAGUCCUUUUCCUUUCUGUACAGACUUUUAGAAAUGAGCACUUUGACUGGGCAAAAGUUCACUCUUGUCGCUGCCAACCGAGCUCCCUGGCACAAAGCCCGCUCUCUAAAUGUAGUCUCCCCAUGAAGCCAAAAUCCCUGGAGGCGGUGCAAGCCUCUUCAAGGGUUGUUACUGUACUGUGUUAGGUGUUUAAUGCCCUACAUACCAGUCCGCUGAUCUCAUUAUUGUGACCUUGGAUGUAUAAGUAAAUAGCUAACAUGGUCUCAACCUUAUUUUUCUACUUUGUUGUAUCUAUUUAUUUUGUGACCUGUUGGACUUAAUGCCAGAUUCUCAGUUGUGUUUAUACUCCAAAUAGCUUCAACUACUAUAAGAGUUAGUAUAAAAUUUAAAAAAAGAACAUUGUGUAGGUUGACACAUUCAAAACAGAAUAUAUGUCAUUAUUCAUCCAUUCUUUCAUCUUCUCUGCGAGAUUUCCAUAGCGUGGUGCAUUUGUUUUACAGAUGUCAUGAAUAAUAUAGUAACACACGUGACUGGACAAGCAUAGAAACUAAGCAAACACACAAGAAGUGAAAACGAUGGGGAGCAGUCGAGUGUUGGCAGGAUGUAUGAAUGAUGCAUUGUACAGAAAGACUGUGAGCUUGGAAUUCUAAUGUACCAUCUGUGUUCAGAGUUGUUUUAAAAUGCCAAGAGAUUUCGUUUUCACUUCUAUAUUGCGAGCCCACUAUAGAACACUUCUCCGAAACUUUCCUUCUGUCACACAGAAUGCAUCUUUCAUAACAUGAAAGGACACACAAUUAAAUAGGAGAAGUAAUCAUUUUGUAACAAAAGUCAGAAUUUGAUGGGUCCUAGCAGCUAAAUAUUUCAUCUUGGAGGGGUAGUCCAUGAAUGUCGACCGCUGUUAGCCGGAGAUGGAAAAUCAGGAAAAAAACAGCCUUAACUGAACCAUUGAGAUGUUAGGAGGAUGUUCAGUAACUGCCAUCCAAAACAUAUUUCUUUUUAAAAGAGGGAGUAGCAGAAAAAUGAGCCAAUAUAUUUGAUUUAUUCUUAUUUUUUUGACCUCCUUUUUUAUCACUGACUCAUUUGGGAAACCUUAUUUCCUCUGUUUCCUGAAAAGUCAUGGAUAAUCUUUUUUUUUCCCUUUUGAAACACAGUUCAUAGUCCAUUGUACUCCAAAAAGACCUGAUAACUGAUCACGUUCAAGGACAGUAUAGAUAGCCCUAACUCAAACCUCAUACUCUGGGAGUUGGCCAAAAACAGUUAACCAAUUCAGAACGGAAGGUUUGUGCGCACUGUCCCUAUUCUCAAAUAAUUACUUCAAUAUUUCGUCAUUAAACCUAAAAUUUUCUGAGAAAAGUGUAGAUAGGAAAGUCAGUAAAGGCAGAGCAUGUGUGGCAGGACAUUUCUGUAAAUCUUUAUCAAAUACUACAGAGGCCCUGAAAGGUCAUGGUGAGAAUAUUUGCAGGACUGCUUUUGCAUCAAGUCUCAGUACUUCUGCAUUCCCUCACCAUAACUUUUGUUUUACCUUGCAUUGGUUUUGUGUUACUUCAUAAUGAGUAUGUGUCACCAUUAAUCCAUGGAGAAAGCCUGAGCUGUAUUAUGGAACAAUAUCAUGUCUUACAACCAUAUAAAAGAAGGGCGUAAUCUCCGAAUCUUAAAGUAAAGCCAAUGCAGAAGUGACUUAAACCUGUACUCUUUCUAUUGGCCACCUGGGGGUGACAUCUGUGGUUGCAAAAAGAAAUUUAUUGUAAAAAGCUUGUACGAAAACAAUCCUAUUUCUCACUUGAUUUGUUACCUCAGAUAAACUGUUUCUGGAACAAGAUUAUUAGGGCUGGACCCGAAUAUCCGAAUAUUCGGUUGUUGUGGUGGUAUUCGAAUAUUAAUUCCGAAUACUUGGAAUUCCCGGAGAUGGAGAUAUCCAUGCUAAUGCUAUUGGCAAGAUCAAAAUGCCAAGCGAGAGAUGGAGCAGUAUUUAGACAUGAAUAAUAGAGACAUAAAUAAUAGAAAUGAAUGAAUAAUAUUCUGUCAUUACACCAUCAGCCACCCCACCUCCCCAUCCCCCCCACACGAAUGAGCCAAAGAAUCGGAUAUUUGUAAUUAAUUGAGCCCAAAUAUCCGGAGCCCAGCAACUGCCAUAGAGAUUAUUUAUGUUCCCAUCUAGAGUAAAACCAACAAUAAAGCAAAGUAUGUUUAAGGACAAGGCUACCAUGUCAUUGACAGGUUGCUAACAUAUCGGUGUGUCCUCAACUUCUCAACCCUCAUUUGUUGACUGAGAUGGCAGUGAACAAGUCGUCUUUUCGACUUAAGAAAAGACGACUUCCAGGUUUUGACUUCAGACUGGAAGUCCAUGGUUGCUAUGUCCAUUUUUUCUUCCUAUCUAUGAUUAUGAUAGACUGUUGCUUGUUGUGACUGGAGUGACAGCUGGUGUACCCUCAUCUGUGGCUAUCAGGGUCUAGUCUGUACCAUUGCAUUUAGAUAAGUAGCUUCAUUUUGCAGACUUGGGAUGGCACAGCUGUCACAGCAACUGUAGCCUUAGCUAUGCUUUGCUUGUUACAGUUAUGGCUGCAACAAAUUCAUUUUAAAUGACUGUAGCUGACUUAAUUCAGUAGUUGUGUCUGUAUAGUGAUGGUUUGGUUUGCCUAGCAUUGUAUUGAACUUAUUAUAUUGUUAGGGUUAGGGGUUAGGGUUAGGAUAUCCUAGACAUAUCCAUAGUUCCUUAGAUUUAACCACAGAAGCAGCAAUUCUCAGCAAAACCCAUAUAUCCAGCCACAGUUUCACCACCACAGGCAGGCUGUACUGACAGAGAUCGGCCAUUUAAAAUGAAUAAUGAGCACUAAAUGCAUUGUGUAAAGUGUCACAUCAUGUCUCUUCUUGCAGAGCCUUAAACUGGUACCGGACCAACACACUAACUGCAUAAAUUCUAUUGCAAGGUAACGCAAAAGCACCGCUCAAAAUGUUGUUGCCGUGAUCUUUCAGGUGUCCCCUAAAAGACAACUAAACCUCAUUGAAAACAUACUUGUAAGAAUCAGCAAUGUACUAUAAUGCAUCCAUGCUAACCACAUCUCAUUUCACAUAACCAUGUCCUACAUUAUGAGCCAUGCAACAAUUCUGUCUCAGGGGAAACUGACCUUUGAUCUGUAAAUAUUGCUUCCCAGCCUUUAGUUUGUUGUUCCUUUUGUGUACAUAAAGCAGUCAAGGCAAUCCAACACUUACAAUGUAAAAAUAUAUGACUUAUAGUCCAGGCUUUUAUGUUAUACAAUGGAGAAAAGAAGGUCACGGAAUGAGAAUGAAUGUGUUUACUGCAGUGAAGUGAUGUAGAAGUUUAACCGUAAAUGAAUCUUUUGCUCCCUGAUUGUUCUCUUUAGACGUGCACUUGAAACUCCACUUUGAUGUGAAGCAUACACCUGCUGUAGUCUGUGUUUAAUUCUGCAGCGCCCCAAGUUAAUGAGUCACAGAAUGUGCUUUACAUUAGCCCUCUGUAGCAGUUUCAUUGAAAAUGGGCUGCGUUAUUAAUGGACCUUUUCAACCAUGUGUUUAUGUUGCAGGAUGUAAAGAAUGCAAUGGCAAAGUAAGGGCAAACACACUGGGAUGUUUUCUCUAUUAUACUUGCCCCACUAUGUUCAUAACGUUAUUGAAUGUAUGUGUUUCACUGACUGGGUUUGCAAGGGCAUGAUUAUAUAUACGGAAGGUCAUUAAUGACAAGAUUUUGAAAUACCGAAGAUCAGCAACUUCUGCCACAGAAGAAACAUGAAAAGGGGUUUCUAAAGCUUUUUUUUUGUUUUAUUUUUCUUCUGGUCUGAAACUAGUUGACUUUAAAGAAUGUUACACUCCCAGUGCCCAGAUUUCCCGAAAGCAAAGUAAAAAUGAUUUUUUUCCUUAAUACUUUCUCCGUAAGUGAGCAGAUAAUGGUGCUCUGCCCUUUGAAGUCCCACAGUCUUUUUGGCUGUUUAUAAUCCUUUCGUGUAAAGUUCAACUGGAGGCCGAGCUAUCCUUUAGAAAUUACCUGAGCUGUCAAUGGCUGUGUUUCCAUCAAACUGUUCAGCAAAUGUGAAGCAAACUUUCAAAAGUUGCAAACUAAGCUUGUUUCAAUUAUGUUCUCCAUAGAAAAUUAACUAGGCUAUGCUGUGCCAUCAGAAAGUAUGUAUAGGCUACUAUCAGUUUACCACUGAUGUGAGAUUAAUGUUCGCUAGGUCAGAACUGAAUUACAAAAGGUGUUUGCAUCUCCCAUGAAGUGCAUCAGCUGUCUUUUUUAAAGAAAUUUCAAAACCAAAUCAAGCAAGCAUAAAAACCUUUUUGCUAAAUUGAGAAUCGUUUUCCCAGAUUUUGCUGUUAUCACUGACCGUCCCUCAUGUGCUUCAUCAAAAAAUGCUGUAAAAAUAUUUCAACGCAGCAGGUGUAACUGUAGCCCUAAAAAUGCUUUGUGAAAAAGUAGAAGCAGAUAUUAAAAGUUGGCUUUACUCCAACUUUUGUUAACAAAUAUCAUAUACACCACCAUUCAAAAGUUUUGAUUCACUUAGAAAUGUCAUUAUAUUUGAAAGAAAAUCUGUUAUUUUUCAAUGAAGAUAACAUUAAAUUAAUCAGAAAUACAGUCUAGACAUUGUUAAUGUGGUAAGUGACUAUUCUAGCUGGAAAUGGAUGGUUUUUAAUGGAAUAACUCCAUAGGGGUACAGAGGAACAUUUCCAGCAACCAUCACUCCUGUGUUCUAAUGCUACAUUGUGUUAGCUAAUGGUGUUGAAAGGCUAAUUGAUGAUUAGAAAAGCCUUGUGCCACUAUGUUAGCGCGUGAGUAAACGUAUGAGUUUUCAUGGAAAACAUGAAAUUGCCUGGGUGACCCCAAACUUUUGAACCAUAGUGUAUCUGUUCAUGCAAGCAUCUUGUUUACCGGUUUGAUUUUAACUUUACCUUUUUUGUGUUUGAUAAAUCAUUUUGUUAUAAUUAGACUUCUGUACAUAACCAGCAUAGGCGAAUAGUAAAGGAUAUUCACAACACUUCAGUGCAAUGCAAUGACAGAGAUUAGUCGGACAUCAAACGUGAUUGUCUGGCAAAAAAAUUGUGGAUCAAAUUGAGAACAAAGAUUUUUAAUUCUGUACAUUUUUUUGAUAAAAAAUAAUAGUAAAUUAGUCCUUUAACUCGGCAUUAGUGGUUCACUUUUUAGCCAAAGUUAGUAAGUUUUUGCAAUCUGAAUGCAGUAGAAUGACAAAUUAGAAGAUAACCUGAACCAUUGACCCCUAUGGUGAGGGCAUCUAGUGCCUCCGUUAUAGGGCUACUCCGGAUCACUUAUAAGGAGUUCUGAGUGAUCACCUUAACAGUUUUAUCCUGAUGGGAAUCAUCUCUUUCAGAAUGACAAUGCUGCCAUCCAUGGGAAAUGAGCAGUUUGAUGAAAAUGAUAGGAAUCAUAUAAUUUUUCCUUCACAGUCAUCAGGUGUUGACCCUGUUGGAGCUGUUGGACUAACAUGCUCUCCACCACCAUCAUCUAAACACCAAAUGAGGGAAUAUUUUUUGGACGAAUGGUGUUCAGUUCCUCCAGUGGAGUUCCAGAGACUUAGAGAAUCAAUACCAAAGUGCUGAGGGAAUGUUCUGGUGGCACAUGGUCUCUCAAUACAUUAGUGAAACACUUGAAGCUGUUUUUUUUCCUUUAUCUCCCAUCUGUAUAUAUCUGCUGUGCUGAAUGACCCGCAGUGGUAAAGGAGUCAUAAGGAUUUAUGCCUUUUGUUGUCUGAGAAUACAAGUCUGUUAGACCAUUCAACACAUCCACGUGCUUUUGUUAUGACAAGAAUUGGUGUGUCUGAGUUUGCCAAGACUGAACUGGUGAACAUAUUCUUAGCAAAACAUCCUUGCAGUAUUUACACAGGAGAAAAAGUGGAAUUGCGGGUAUUAUUUAAGAUAAUAAAAGGUGCGGUGCUACUA